GGCUCGUAUAAAAACCUGCGAGCACUUCGCCGGGGUAGCGCAGUACUGGGACGGUGAGGAGAAGGGCUUCGCGAGAGAGGAUACCUCGGCUUCUUGCUUCCCUGGAAUUUGGUUCCGCGUUGCCUGUAUGCGUGUGUUGUCACUGAGCUCGGUGCUUUCAAGGACUAUACCAUAGCAAAAAAAAUCAAUGAAGGAGAGAAGAUCCAGUCAGAAAUCACUGAAAUCCAGGAUGGAUCCCAAUCAGAGUGCCAAAUGCAAAAUAGUGGUGGUGGGAGACAGUCAGUGUGGGAAAACGGCAUUACUUCACGUAUUUGCGAAGGACUGCUUCCCAGAGAACUACGUGCAGACAGUAUUUGAAAAUUAUACUGCGAGUUUUGAAAUCGACAAGAAAAGGAUUGAGCUCAGUUUGUGGGACACCUCAGGGUCUCCAUACUAUGACAACGUGCGGCCGCUUUCAUACCCCGACUCAGACGCCGUCCUCAUCUGCUUCGACAUCAGCCGGCCGGAGACGCUUGACAGCGUGCAGAAGAAGUGGAAGGGUGAGAUCCAGGAGUUCUGUCCCAACACCAAGAUUCUGCUGGUGGGCUGCAAAUCCGACUUGCGCACAGAUCUGACCACGCUGGUGGAACUGUCCAAUCACAGGCAGACCCCCGUGUCAUAUGAUCAGGGCUCCAACAUGGCCAAGCAGAUGGGCGCCCCCUACAUCGAGUGCUCGGCACUGCAGUCGGAGAACAGUGUGCGGGACAUCUUCCACAUGGCCACGCUGGCGAGCGUCAACAAGAACAACAAGCAUGUGAAACGCAGCAAGACGACUCGCAGCACCAAGCGCAUCUCGCAUAUGCCUGGGCGGGCGGAACUCGGUACUGUACCCACAGACCUCCGCAAGGACAAAGCCAAGAGCUGCGUGGUCAUGUGAUGCAUUGGGAGCAACUGGGUUACUGUGGCGAAGGCAGAGCAGGGUGCUAGGAUGCCAAUCCGCCCCCCCCCCCCCCCCCCCCCCCCCAACUGGGACCACCUCAAUCCAACUGACCAUCAAGCAAACUUGGGAGACAGCAGUUGGCUGUUGGCUGUUUCUGCACUUUAAAGCAUCCACAGUCCACCCCCCAUCCCACCCCCUCGGUUGUUGGUCUGAUGUAAGCUGGAGCAUAAGGUGCCAAAUGAACGACCCUGAGUGGAUGCCCACAGGAGAGAUUUCUCCGAAAGCUGAUUGGUGCAUUCCGAGAUGCCCCGCCCAUGUCUGCCCCCCAGUUUUUGAACAUACCCACUUCUCUACCCCCUUCCCAGACCCUGCUGGAAACCUUCUGUGACCUCUCGGGCUGGGGGGGGGUCAAACCCUCUUCUGACCUCUGCAGGAGGUAAAUGGGAGUUGUCAGAUCCCUUCCUAUGAUGAAAGAUGUGAAAACUGGGAUUCCUUUGGAGGCUCAUGAUCCUCAGGGGCGGAAGACCCCCCUCGCUCUCACGAAGGAGAGGCAAGCGCCUUCCUUGCACUUAUGACAGAGGUGGACAAUGAAGGACUACGUGAAUCACUGUGGUUUAGAAUCGGCUCUUCAGGAUUUUAGUUCUUCCUCAAUGCCAUCCCCAGUCCGUCGAGUGGAAUGAGGAACCUCUCUCUGCAUGCGGCAUUGUACCACCGCGACAUCACUCCAGAUGUAAACCUGUGCCGCUCGCAUUCACAACUCAGAGAACAUUCCACUCAAGACCAUUUUUGUUUUGUUUUCCAACCAAAGAUCUGUGUCGAAUUCCCCCGGAAGCUUCCGCAUGCUCCUUAAUUUAAUUACGCUCUUGACCAGCGUUCAGCCAAGCCUUGACGUGUCACCAUGGCAACAGGGUAUUGUGGGAUACGCCGGUGUGUUUCGUGGGCUCGCCCUAGCCUGCGGUCGGCCUCGAUGCUAGUGCCUGAGUGUGAUGUGUGCGUGUGGAAACAUGCAUCAGCCAAUCAGAGGGCGCCCUCUCUCAUCCUCCCUCCUCGCCACCUCCUCAUCAUCCACGAGACAACCUCAGACAAAUUCCUGUCCCGCUGUCCCCUUGUUUUUCCCUUUACGGGGGGGUCUUUGACUAUGCAAUGCAUAUAGUUUUCUCCAGAUCCACGUUGGGUCAUCAGAAACACACCACUUACUGCUGAAACACACUCCUGUGCAGGUUUUUACAGGCUUUUGUGAGGGAUCGAGAAAACAGAGACUGAGUUUUUUUUUUUUACUCCGUUGAAGAGGCUUUGCUGCCGGGUGAGGAUUUGGAUGUGCUUUUGUCUGUGUUACGAGCCGGCGGUCGUCAGAAUGAGGCUUCACCUGAUGCGGUGAGCUGCCUUUCUGCUGAAUGGGCCUGUUCCUGGACUGCUUUCACCGUGAUGCCCCGAUUAUCCGAAGGGGGCAGUAUUAUCAGCUAGCUGGCUAUGCUUUCAAUUUCAAUGUUAAAAACAAACAAAAAAAAAAAAAACAAAUGAAUGAACGAAAUUUUAAGUUAUGGAAGUGUGUUAAAACUGUAGAGCCUCAUCCUUUUCUGAAUGUCUGUUUGUAUGUCUGUUCCAUUGAUGUUUUAGCAGUAUUUAUUGAAGUAUCUAUUUUUCCCCUUUGAAAUAAAUCCAGAAAAAAAUGUU